UAUUAUUUCGAAAGUUUCUCUCCAAAUUACUACAAACACAUAACUACCAGACAUAAUGAAAUACAGUUUAUAGUAAUACCAUGUCGUAAAUUAAGUAUUGUACCAUCUCUGUAUGAUGGUGACCAAGACCCGGCUCCGAAAUUUUUCUCUUCCAACGUACAAACAUUGUUAAAACGAUUAACAAGAGUGGACUUUUCCAAAGUAUUUCGUAAAAGGACGAAUCAAGGCCGGGAUGUGCUCAAAACUCCGACAUAUAAAUUCUUAACCACCGAGGAGCUCGAAGCGGAAAAAAAAGCUAACGUGAAUGCCAGUAGGCUGCUACAAAUGCCACCCGUUGUAAAGGUACAAAAACCUAUAGAUGACGUUUUGUCUAGAGACCCAGCUCUGAUGAGUUAUGAUGCCAAGUACCUAUUCACAGACAUCACAUUUGGUGUUGCUAAUGAACACAGAAUCAUUGUGGAAAGAGACUUAGAUGGCACAUUACGAAGCUGUGAUCAUGAUGUAAGGAAACGAUUAAAUCAGGUGUACUUCCCAAUGAACGGACGGAAGUUAAAAGAACCGUUAAUGUUUACCGAGCAGGAAAAUUUCAAUAGCCUCUUGGAGAGACAAAAAUAUGAGUUUAUUCUCGAUAGAGCCUGUGUUCAGUAUGAGCCGGAUGAAGCAGCGUAUCAGAGAAUCACUAGUAUCACAUACCAGCAUGUUGAUUUGAACAAGAACUACAAUUUGUUAAGAUCAACAAGACAUUUUGGGCCGUUGACAUUUUACCUGACAUGGCAUCAGAGUAUGGACGGUCUGAUGUUGGAGAUCUUGCAGAGUGGCAUCGUCAGGGAUGCCGUGGUAUUAACAGCGUUGCGGCACGCCAUACAUGGAGAUGUAGAGGAAGGAGACGCUGCACGUGCCUUGGCAGAACAAAUUUUACCAACACCGGUACAGCUACGCAAACCUGAAAGCAUCACUGAGUUAGACAUACAGAUCGACAGCAAAUGUAUUCAAUGCGUAGAGAAAUACAUAAAGAGUAACUCAGCGAUGAAGAGCCAACACGAGCUGGCGCUGCAAGGGUUUAGGGAAGAUUACCAGCAACUCAUAGACCUCACCCGCGGACUGAAGAAAGCGCACGGACACGCGUGAAGGGAUUUUAGUGAAUUCAUUAAAUUAUUAGCCAAGUAA